AUCAUUCUCCUCGAACAUCCUCACCAUAAACACUACUUGCAUAUAUUCUUCUACCCUUCACAGCGCACAACCAUCAGUCAAUCACCCAGCAAAGACCAAACAAAAUGGAACGACAUCAGCUCCGUCCCCAAAUCCUCACCUACACCUCCUUGGUCCUCCUAGGCAUGCUCGGCCGUACCAACGCCUGGUGGGGUGCCGGAGCCCCCGAGUGCGCACAACCCUGUCUCUCCUCAGCCUGGUCCGCCGCCAGCACCACCUCCUGGCCCGCCCCAACAGAUUGGUGCGCGUCCGACUCCUCCUCCGACAUCCAAUCCCGCAAGGACGCCGCCUCCUCCUGUCUCGUGUCCGCCUGCUCCGCCACGCCCACCGUUCACUCCUCCUACUCCUCCCUCUCUUCCUCUCUCUGCGCCCAAUAUUCCUCUUGUUCCUCCGCCGGCUCUACAGGCGUUUACACCGUCUCCCUCCCUGCUUUUACAGGCGCCUGGGACGGGGGUCACGACGGCGGUCCCAUUGGCGGCUGGUGGCAGGGCGGCGGGCACGGAGGUCCAACAGGGACAGGAACAGGAACAGGACAAUGGGGUCCCCACCAUGGCUGGGCCGGUACGGCCACUUGGACUGGUGGCGUGUAUACCGUCACGGGAUGUGAAUGGGAUGGAUCGCCGUGGGCCGGCGGGCCGUGGGGAUGGGGUCAUGGUUAUGGUCACGGUGAUUAUGGUAAUGGCCAAGCUAAUGGGCCUUGGGGCAUAUGGGGCGCGGGAUGGACUUUGACUAGCACGGGGACGGAGACCGUCACGGCUGUGCAGACCAUCACGAGGGAUGCGACGGGUGGGGAUGGGAGUGUCACGAAGGUGAUGGAGUUGACGACGAGUACGGGGUUGGCGACGGUUGGGUAUGCGGUUAAUGAGGAGAGUAAGGAGGAGGCGACGACGGUGUUGGGGGUUGUGCAGGCUGCGGCUAGUACGACUGGAAGUGGUGGUAGCAGCGGUGCGGCGAGAGUAGGUGGUGCUGGUGCGGGUAUGGGAGUCAAGGUUGUGGCGGCUGUGUUGGGGGGUGUGGUGGUGGUUGCUGGAUUGCUUUGAUUUGGAAAGGGAUGAGGUCAGGUUUGGGGUUGCAGGUUGAUGUCUGUAUGUUCAUUUGGAGUUUGGGUGAUAUGAUGUUUGUGGAGGAUACUUUUGUUCGAAAUUCCCCUGGUAUGGGGAAAAGCUUACUUUUAGUAAGGAAGUGCUUUGCCAAGUUUAUUUCAUGAUGUGACGGGUUUGAUAAUUUCGGACCCUCCCUCUGUUUUGUAUUUAGCUUGUUUGUCGCUGCCUCUUGACGAGAUACCAUCUACCUGAUGCUG